AUGGAGAUGCCUGCCGACUCGGACGUGGACCUGGUUCUGUCCCAUUUUGAUGACGAUGACUUCACCUCCUGGGGCCGACAGCUCUUGAAUGAUGACCACUUCCAGCCCGCCCUUGCAGACAACUUCACUUUUGGUUCUUCACAUGAUAACUCGCUUCCUUUCGAUUUACCAUGGCCUACCAUUGGCGAGGACACUGAUCUUACAUCUCACGACAGCAUUCUUCCUGCCAGCCUCCCGGAUGUAUCCCUUUCCGAAGCCGCCCAGCAGCAGCCUGCUACGUUCUCUUCUGCCGCGAUAAGCCAUCCAACCCAUGGCUUAGACAAAAACGGCUUGCCGCCCAAGAUCGGCACUCGUUUCUCUAAGGAGUCGCUGAAGACUCUCAAGGGCUGGCUAUCCUCACACAGCGAUCAUCCCUACCCCGACGAGGAAGAGAAGGAGAUGCUGCAGCAUCAGACAGGUCUUAACAAGACACAGAUCUCUAAUUGGCUUACCAAUGCUCGCCGUAGACGCACGAUUCGGCGCCCGAGAUCUACCUCUCCUUAUGUUCGCAACACCUGGACUGGCCCUAUCGAUGUUCCCCGGCAUCCGAAUACACCCGCCUUCGAGAACAAUACGAAUCUGAAUCCCCUGGAGCGUUGGGUAGACUCACCUCCCGAGAACGAACCCGCCUCAGUCACCGCUAUCGCUCAGGCCGUCGCUUUGAACUCGGAGACUUCCUUGGGGCAUAACAGCCCCGGCUCCUUCGCUUCCACCGACGAUGGAUCCAACCCGUCACUCUAUAAUGUCUCUUCCGCGAGUAGUGCUGGUACUUCCAGCGGUGCCUCCUUCGACUCCAUGACCCGACAGCGCGGCCGUCGACGUCGCAGGAGACCUGUUCCUAAACGCAAGGAUCAACUCUCCUCAGCUGUGCCGCUCAAGAAGUUCCAGUGUACUUUCUGCACAGAGACCUUUGGGACCAAGUAUGACUGGCAGAGACACGAGAAGUCGUUGCACCUCUCCCUGGAACGGUGGAUGUGUGCCCCUAAUGGCCCUCGCAUCCUGAACCCCCAAAACCACCAGAUAUGCUGUGCUUUCUGCGGCGAAGUUGAGCCCAGCGAUGAUCACAUCGAAUCCCACAACCUCUUGGCUUGCAUGGAGAGGCAGCCGGAAGACAGGACAUUCUAUCGCAAGGACCACCUAAAUCAGCAUCUAAGGCUUAUGCAUAACGUCAAAUUCCUUGAUUGGAGCAUGAAGUCCUGGAAGGUCACUGGUCCUGAUAUCCGGUCACGCUGCGGCUUUUGUGGUAUAGUAAUGUCUAACUGGUCGGUUCGAGUGGACCAUCUUGCGGAACAUUUUAGGAAGGGCGAAACAAUGGCUGCGUGGAGGGGAGACUGGGGUUUCGAAGCUCCAGUGCUCAAAAUGGUUGAAAACUUUAUUCCUCCGUAUUUAAUCGACAAUGAUCGCCGCUCUCCGUUCCCUUAUAUCGCAACCGCCGUGGCAGCCGAGACCCCCGAGAGCGCGUAUGAGUUAAUAAAGCUAGAACUAGAUCGUUUUACAGCCAACCAGCAGGAGCCGACAGUGCCGGAGGCUCAACGCCGGGAGUUAAAUGAGGUAGCACGAAGGCAAUCAGCGAGGGCAUUUUCGGGAGGUUGCUCAGAGGUGACCCCAGCCACAGUUGCAGGACAAGUGGGAGCAUUCUUCUUGACCGAUGCCAACUGUUACCGUCGCCUCUUUCGCGAGCUAACUCGCUUCGUCUCAUCGGCCAUGUCACCCAACAAUCCGAACUGUCAUGUACCCACCGAUGCCGAGAUUCAACAUCAGGCUCGGUGUAUAAUAUUCGACGACGACGACCCCUGGAACCAGACCGCCGCCGACAACGCAGAGUGGCUCUUGCGAUUCAAGCGCGAUGUUGGCAUCUUGCCUUCGGGUCCCGGUCUUUCGCUGGACACCAAUGCUUGGAACAUCACCCAUGGCGGCACGGGCUUUGCUCCUCCGUACGCCUUCCCCAACAAGAGAAUGCUCCACUCUACUUCAUCCACGCCGGCCUCGGUCAACAUCCCCAUCGGCAUGAAUGAAUCCACCAUGACUACCAACCUGACCACGACUUCCCCGGGCUUAGAAAAGGUUGAAAUCUUCAUUGGCAAUAACGCAACGCCAUUCGAGACCAAUCAGGCCCUACUGGACGGGUAUAUCGAAACCUUCUCAUCCCGCUAUGGUCGCCCCGCCACAGUCUUCUGCUCCCGUGAGCUCGAGAGCGGCCUCGUCACCUUUGUCGAGGCGGAGAUCACACGCGGCGCUGGCUUCCCCUCAGAUGAAGCGCUCAAGCUGCGCAGCCGCGAGAUCCUGGGUAGUGACAAGACGGCGGCCGACGAUCCUAGUCUUCUUGACAAGUUCAAGGAGUGGGUGAAGCCAUCGUGCAAUCAGCGGCAAGAGCAGCAGUCUGUGAACAUUUCCUCGACCUUGCCCUACGAUGUUGAUAUCAACCUGACCAGCGCUGAGAUAGAUAGCAUUCUUGCUGAUGCGAGCUUUGAUAUGUCGUUGAGAUGA